UUCAUAGCUUACAUCCUUAUUAAUUCUAGUUAAGAGGGUGUGUGCAUAAAAUAAUAUCUCUGGCUGAAAUAUAUUUAUAUAGCAGGCUAGUUUUAACGAAUAGCUUGUUUAAAUCGUCGGUUGCGAUUCCGUGAUUUUUAGUACAUCAAUGAGAUUAUUUAUUUUCAGAGCAAGGAUGUUGUCUUUUCUUCUUGUUGCUCUAGGGCUAUAUACUUCAGUUAAAUCAGCAGCCGAUGGCAACAUCUUCGUCUGUUAUUUCACUCAAACCAGUUAUUUCCCGCCAAGUGCUGUUCCUGCCAAAACUUGUACCCAUCUUAUCUACGCCUUUGGUUUGAUAAGUGGAGGAACCAUAAAGUUCAGAGAUCAGACUGAUGUGAAUGCCAUCAACACCCUAGUGGGGUUAAAGAAGCAGAAUCCGGAGUUAAAGGUUCUACUGUCGCUGCAGCAGGGAUUUCCGACCGUUGUUACCGAUUCACAGAUCACUAUGGAGAAGUUUUCCACCAAUGCUAUAUCAGUGUUAAGGAAAGUAGGAUUGGAUGGAAUUGAUUUUGAUUGGGAAUUUCCCUUGAAAAGGGAUAGAGAUAAUUACUCUCGCUUUCUAAAGAUUUUUAGAACAUUUGUUAACAAGGAAGCUACAGGAAAGACUCCAUUAUUGGUUACUAUGGCACUGGCUAACAACGUAUAUGCUUUAAGAACAGGAUAUGACGUUACAAGUAUAAAUCAGAAUGUUGAUUUAUAUACUGUCAUGGCGUACGAUCUACACGUGUUCAAUGCUAAAGUUGAUAACGUAACAGGUUUUAAUAGUCCUUUAUAUCCAGUAACUGGUGAAUCUAAAUACACAUCUGUGUCUGGACUGAUGUCAUAUUGUUUGAGUCUUGGGUUCAAACCGUCAAAGAUGUUACUGGGUGUCCCAUCCUAUGGCAGAUCUUAUAAACUGAAUGACGUCAGAAGGCAUGGUAUUCACGCACCUGCUGUUAGUAAAGGUGAUCCUAGUCCCUAUCGACAUUUAAGAGGAGUUUAUGCGUACCCCGAUGUGUGUGUAGGUAUACAACAUGGCGCUACAAUAGUUAGUGACCAAACAUCACAUGGUAAAUAUAUAUACAAAGGUACGGCAUGGGUUGCUUAUGAUGACGUCAUUACUGCUGCUGAAAAGACUCGGUGGGCGGUAAGUCAAGGUCUAAGAGGAGUAGGAAUAUGGUCGGUAGAACUUGAUGACGUCGAUGGAAUAUGUACAAAAGACAAAACCAGACUUUCUCUUAUGACUGCCAUCAAGAAUGCUUUAAAUAUUUAAAUAACAUUUCUAAAUUCCCUCGGUUGAACAAUGUUAAAGAGAUUAUGCUUGGGAACGAAAGACUCAAACAACUAUCCCUCGGCCUCGGUUUUUCUUUCUGAUGUCUCUCUGACGCAGCAUAAUCGAAGACAAGUGGUUUAUCUAACCUAUAAACCUAGACAAUUGUAUUAUAUCGUUCCAAUUAUUACUCCUCGCGCAUUUCUUAUGUGAAUUUAUUUCAUUUGAUUCAAAGUUUGUUUAUAAAAUAAAGCGUUACUAGGGUGGAA